ACACUUGGUACUACCACAUUUUUGUAGCUCCAAUAUAUUGUUCGAGAAUAUCAUUACGAUCUCAACGUUCAAUUCUCUCCCUGUUUCGCGAAGAAAAUUGGACUACUUCGCGGUGGCGCAGAGAGUGUGACCGUAUUGCGUUGCGCAGACGACUGACGCACGGUGAUUGUUGUGACAGAAGUGUAGAAGAGUAUCGUAUCGUCGUCUUUCCAAUUCGGAAUCAGCAAAAUCCGUGCAAAUCGAUAGAAAAAAGCAAUCGCCAAGAACAGAAAAGGGGAGCAACUCCGUUGAAUUGUGUUGCUCGUGCGAUAGCGCGAGAACAAUGAAAUUUCUGUACAAGGAGGAACAUCCGUUUGAAAAGAGGAAAGCCGAGGGUGAAAAGAUACGACGAAAAUAUCCCGAUAGGGUUCCUGUAAUUGUUGAAAAAGCACCGAAAGCUAAAGUUAGUGAUUUGGACAAACAAAAAUAUUUAGUACCAUCUGAUUUAACUGUUGGACAAUUUUACUUUUUAAUCCGCAAACGAAUUCAUCUUCGUUCUGAAGAUGCUCUGUUUUUUUUUAUUAACAAUAUCAUUCCCCCAACAAGCGCCACUAUGGGUUCUGUCUAUGCGGAACAUCACGAAGAAGACUUCUUUAUGUACAUAGCGUACAGUGAUGAGAACGUGUAUGGACACUAAAUUACAAUA